CCGCCACACUGCGCCUCUGCUCACUCUCCUCUCCACUCUCAACUGAGAGCUCUUAUGAGGGCGGCCUCGGCUGCUGACUGAUUGCCGCCGAGGCCAAAUUGGAGACAGCUGCCACAGUAUAUAAUGUGUAAAGUAGUGUGUAGCGGGGUUCUGUAAACUCUUGUGGUCAAUAACAUUGAUGUGAAGCUCACUUCUGAGUGUUCUGUAAAUAGUUUUAAAAUAUAUUAUAAAUACAGCAAUGUCUGAUCAACCCGAGCAUAUUUCACGCAUAAAAUAUUAACUUCCAGUUAUCAAUCAAUCAAAAGCCUGCUCCAAGGAUAUUGGCCGACACAUCGGGACUCCAACCGGAAACCAGAGCGCUCCUGAUGCUGAACUCUUCUCUAUAAACAGAGAUCAUUGAAACUAAAGAAUGGAAUUGUUAUCUAUUUUUCAUGGCUUUAGAAACAAUAAUAUUAAUUAUGAUGCAGGCUUGACACUAAUAUUCAGUAGUCUUCAUAAAAAUCAUUAAAAUAAAAUAAAAGAUAGAUAUUAACCUUCUACCCCAAUGUGUAUCAGUCAAAGUCAAAGUCCAGACCAAGUGAGAGUGCAUGUUUUUGAUCCAGUGGUUACGUAAGCCUGGACCUGUUGGGCUGCUUUCUAAAUCUGAUGAUGAAGCUGUCCGUGUUGCUGCUGCUGGCUCUGUGCACUGACUCAGUCCUCUUGCUGGACCCAGGUCUGGGGGGCAGGGUUCCUAAUAUCACCGCUAAAAGAUCUACAAAUCAAACCCUUCCAACUCCCGUGGCGAUAAAGAACUCGCUCGACCAGUAUUCUUUGGACUCGCUCGACAUAAAUCAAACCAACCUGGAGUGGCGGGUCUUUAACCGCUCCGCCCCCAACGGAGCGAUCUCAAUCUUCAACAAAUAUGUCGGACGCAUCGACUACGUUUGCCAGUUCUGGUGCAACGCCGGCUUCUACAGCUCCAACGUAGACCCUUACUGCCACUACUCCCUUGGAGGGAAAGAGUACACUAGCUUUUUAUGGCCAUUUGAGAUCCUCGUGAACAAGGAUAACUUUGAGUUCAUGGAAUGGAAGGACGGCUCUUACGGUUCAGUGCCUCCGAACUCCAUCAAGACCUGCUCCAAAGAAGUGUACGUUGGGAUGAACGAGUACGGUCUUGGAAAGGUGGAUGUCAACGAUAAGGUGUUCUACCUUCCCUGGGAAGGUUCCGAGUAUUGGUACAGGUACUACCAGGUCCUGACCUUAAACAAAGAUAUAAACAGUGAGCACUUGUCUGAAGUCCAGUAUAAGACUGAUGGGGUUAAACCCAUUGAGUAUCCUCCAGAGACCAUGCGCAAGUCUGCCAUCACCAACUACCAGUGUCAGACGGUGACGGGGACAGCAACCCUCUCAAAGACAUACCAAGUGGAGCAAAGGUGGGACACCAGCUUUUCUAUCACAAUGGGCAUCGACACCAGCAUCACCGCCGGAAUACCCAUAAUUGGUUCCGCGGGAAUCGGGUUUAGCGAGGAGACGACCCUCGAGUUCACCAAGGGGACCACUUAUAUCGAGUCCACCACCCACACUGUUACUGUUGAGUGCAAAGUCCCACCAAACAUGUCCUGUGGCAUCAGUAUGGUGGGGUUUAAGUACGGGGCAGAAAUCCCUUACACCGCACGCCUCAGCCGCACCUACAGCAACGGGAAGACCACAUGGACGUCCAUCUCUGGCACAUAUAAAGGUGUCCAGAUGGGAGAAAUCCUAGCUGUGAUGGAUCGCUGUGAACCUGUACCUGAUCCCACGCCCUGUCCCUGAAAGAGUGAUGGAAGGAAAUACAUCUGAUUUAUACCUGAUAAAUUGCAUGUUUGAUACCCAAACAAUGUAUCUGUCAUGGGCUGGGCUGGGCUCGUUCCCACUAAUUGACCGGUGCAGCUGCAAGCCAAGAAACAUUUGUAUUUAGUUGAUAAUGUAAAAUAAAUUGACGUGCAAACUUAA